AGCGAAGAGAGGAAGUGUGCGGAACACGGACGCGCAUGCGUAACGCACUACGCGUUGCGUGCGCGACGUGCUGCGAACUCCGGAGGGGGACGCCGGCUGUGGUUUGCGUCACUCGGCCGGCGCCCGCCCGGAAGCUUCCUCGGGUUCCCCUCCCGCUCUCACUUGCCCGGGGCGGUGGCUACCUCAGUUGUUUGUACUUCCCCGAGACACUAAUUGAGAUUGGCGCACCCCGAUGGAGGAGACAGUGUGCGCGGCCGCUGCCCCGGACGCCAGCAGCUCCGGCUCCAUGGUGAAGGAAGAGGGGGCGGCUGCUACGGCUCCGGCGGCCUGCGUGGGGAUGUGAGAAGUCUCAGAAUUGAAGAUUGUGACACCUGGCCUCUAAUACCAGCAGUUUCUUUGUUCUGUGAUCAAUGUGACUCACCUGAACACUUUAGUACUUAACGAGAUGAGCCAGGAUCGUGGAAAAUAUGACUUUUAUAUUGGUUUGGGAUUGGCUAUGAGCUCCAGUAUAUUCAUUGGAGGAAGCUUCAUUUUAAAAAAGAAGGGCCUUUUAAGGCUAGCCAGAAAAGGCUCCAUGAGAGCAGGUCAAGGUGGCCAUGCAUAUCUGAAAGAAUGGUUAUGGUGGGCUGGACUUCUGUCAAUGGGAGCUGGUGAGGUGGCCAACUUUGCUGCUUACGCCUUUGCACCAGCUACAUUAGUGACUCCAUUAGGAGCUCUUAGUGUUCUUGUAAGUGCCAUCCUUUCAUCAUACUUUCUAAAUGAAAGACUUAAUCUUCAUGGAAAAAUUGGAUGUUUAUUAAGUAUUUUAGGGUCUACUGUUAUGGUAAUUCAUGCUCCAAAAGAGGAGGAGAUAGAGACCUUAAAUGAAAUGUCACAUAAGCUGGGUGAUCCAGGUUUUGUGGUCUUUGCAACAUUGGUUGUCAUUGUGUCCUUGAUAUUAAUUUUUGUGGUGGGACCUCGCCAUGGACAAACGAACAUACUUGUUUACAUAACAAUCUGCUCCGUAAUUGGAGCAUUUUCCGUCUCUUGUGUUAAAGGCCUGGGAAUUGCUAUUAAAGAACUUUUUGCAGGGAAGCCUGUGCUGAGGCAUCCACUGUCCUGGAUUUUGCUGCUAAGCCUUAUACUCUGUGUAAGUACACAGAUCAAUUAUUUAAACAGGGCCCUGGAUAUAUUUAAUACAUCCAUAGUGACUCCAAUAUAUUAUGUAUUCUUCACUACAUCUGUUUUAACUUGUUCAGCUAUUCUUUUUAAAGAGUGGCAAAACAUGCCUGUUGAUGACAUCAUUGGCACUUUGAGUGGCUUCCUUACAAUCAUUGUGGGAAUCUUUUUAUUGCAUGCCUUUAAAGAUGUCAGUUUUAGUUUAGCAAGUCUGCCUGUGUCUUUUAGAAAAGAUGAAAAAAUAGUGAAUGGUAAUCUGUCCAGCUUGUAUGAAGUCUGUAAUAAUAAUGAAGGAAGCUUAGCCUGCGGAAAUGAGCAACAAACUGGUGAAAACAUCUCUAGAAGAAAUGGAAAUCUGAUGACUUUUUGAAAAUAGAUAUAAUUUUUAAAGACUUAAUCUGUAAUUGUGUGUUUUUUGUUUUGUUUUGCUGUAAAACGAGCUUGUCUGAAAAUAGAAAUUGUCAUUUUAAAUGCUGUCUAAAGACAAUCUUUUUUUUUUUUAAUGGUUUCACUACGUUGGACAAGAACAAUAAUGACUUUGCUUUUCUUAUAUAUGAAGUAUAAGACAAUUCACUAAGAUGACCUAAAUAUUGGUUUGGGUUUCUAUUAACAGUGUAUAGUUGUAUGAUUUUAAACUUCAAGUCUUUCAUCCCCCCCCAAAAAACCCUUACUGCACUGAAAGUUUUAAUUAUAAAAAUAAAAUGUUUUAUUUCUUCAUUGUUGAUAAAAACUGAAAUGAACACUUGUCAUUUACCAAAUGACAAUGCAUUAACAUUUCCUUAAAUCAUCUUCCAGUAUGUGGAAGAACAAAAUAUUCCAAUAUAGUAUCCUGUGGAUUACACAGUUGUGACUCAUGUUGGAUGAGUCAUGAAUUAGUCUAUAAUUGACAGUAAUGGAUUAUGGAAAAUGAGCAAUUACUUUAAUUUUGAAAUAUUUUGAAUGAAUCUUAAGUUAGGCAAAAUAGAUAAGAAAUAGAAUAAUUCAACUAUAAGGGUGAUUUUCGAAUAUAUAAUUUGCCUUGUCAAGUGAAUACAGUGACCCCUGUAAAAUCUUUAGGUAUUUAUGAAUGAUUCAGUUACCACAUUGAAAAUACUUAAUGUACAAAUUCAAGGAAUUUCUUUAAAAUGCGGUUUAACAAUUCUCACAAGUGUUUUCAGUCCCUUGUGCCUUGCUGACCUUAAAGCAUUAUAUGAAUGUGAGUUAUCAAUAAUUUUGCAUUUUGUACUAUUAUUAAUGUUCUAUUGUUGUUAUUCAGAAUGAUAUGAGGGUGAGACUUCAGUUUCUAGAGAGUGGAGAGACUUAAAUUCAUUUGUAUAGGUGUAUUUCCAUAUAGCAGCUCAUUUGAUAUUCACAGCAAUAGAGUGAGGGAGCCAGGUUAGUAUUAUACCAUAAGUGAAGAAAGUUAUUGGUUAAAUGAGGAAGCCAAGAAUGUAUCUAAUUUUCUUUCUUUUCACUAAGCCAUAAAAUUGUAUUUUUGAAAUACUUUUUGAGAAAAGAAAUUACUUUUCCAAAAGCCUGCAGAACUAAUUUAACUACUAUCUUAGGCCUAAGCUUGUUUGUGGAAUUAGAGAUAGCUUCUCAGUCUAAUUUUCCUGAUAACCAAAUAUAUGCUUCUGGAAUUACCUGUUUUCCAUUAUAAAGUGUGUAAUUAUCAUCUAUAACAGGUUUUGCUGUAACUUCUAUGUUAACUUUUUUGACCAAACUACUUCUGAAAGUAGACAAAAGGAAAAAAAUCAAUUGAAUCUUUUUUCCAAUUGAAUAACUUUAGAGAAUAAGUUUUAAUCACAUGAAUUAUUGCUUCUGUCACUUCAAUUUUACAGGACUUAGAUUUAAAAUUGUUUAAUAAGAAGUAUUUAGAAAUAAACAUUGCUAUCACUUGAAGAGCCUUCAUGAACACUAUUCACAAAUAUUACUGCUAACAGUAUUUUUAGACAUCUUUUUUCAGUUCCUGAUUAACAGCAUAGCAAAAAAAACAAAACAAAACAAAACAAAAAACAAACCAUGAUUUAAUAUUUACAAAUGAUACCAACAUGAAAUUUUAAGUGUAAGUCCCCUACAUUUACGCUGCUGUUUAAAAAUUACAGUAGUUAGUUGCAGUUAGAAGAGACUCCAGAUACCAUCUAGUCUAAUCUUUGUAGGAAAAGAAUCCCCUUUACAACCUAUCUAAUUAGGGGUUAUCCAGCUUUUAUUGCUACUCAGGGAGUGUGUUUCCACUUUUAGUUAGCUGUCAGUGUUAGAAAUGUUUUCCUUGCAUCAAGCCAUUGUUCCUAGUUCACAGAACACCCCUGAGGUCAAGCACAAAGAAAUCUUUAACUCCCUUUCCACAUAGCAGCCUUUCAGAUUUAAUUAGAUUGAGUUGUGUACUCUUGAGUUUCUUCCAGAUUAAACAUUUCUGGGUCCUUCUACCUCUUCUCAUUUAUCAUGACCAUUCUGGUUACCCUUCUCGUGAUAUCCUACCACUAACUAAUAUUUACCUUCUUAAACUGGUCUUCCCACAGCUAAAAAACAGUAGUAUUCCAGAGCAGGUCUUACAUGGGCAGAAUAUAGUGGGUUGUUACUUCGUUGUGCUUGCGAAUUAUGCCUGUCUUACUAGAGUCCGUGUUAAAUUUUGACCGAACUAGCUUUUUUUGUCUGCCUUCACAUUGUUGAUAGGUUUUGAGCUUAUUGUGGUCCUGUAAAAUCCCCAGAUUUUUCUCAAAUUUCUACCUUCCUGACUUUGUAAUUAUGAAGUGGGGUUUUUGGUACUUUAGUGAGCCUUUAUAUCCUUUAUAUUUAUUAUUAAUUUAAGUUCAUCUAAGUGCUCUAACCUAGCCAGCCCCUAUCCUUCCCAGUUUUGUUAUCUGCAAAUAUGAUGCCACCUAUGCUUUUGUCCAAGCCAUUAAUAGCAGUUUUCAGUUGAGAGAGCAAUAAAUGAAUAACUGCCAGCUUAUAACUCCCUAUCCUUUCUGCAGUAGUAUGAGUAUUUAUAUUAUAUGUUUUUUAGGAGUCUUCUGCUGAUUUGAAAAUUUACAAGUAGAAAUAAGGUUACUUGUUCUUGUGGGCCCGUUGAUUUUUGAGUUUUCUCAAGAAUUAAAGUUUUCAAUUAUCUACCCUUUUUCUCUAGGCCUGUGAUAUUCAUAAUUUCUGUAAUCUUCUAGAUUUUUGAGUUUUCUCAAGAAUUAAAGUUUUCAAUUAUCUACCCUUUUUCUCUAGGCCUGUGAUAUUCAUAAUUUCUGUAAUCUUCUAGAUUUUUCUUGCUAGCCUCAAUUUAUUCUGAGAUACAGAAUGAUUAUAAUUUUCUUAAAGAAUCGUGUUAUACUUUUAUCUUCAUUUUAUUAACUGCCUUUCCUUCUGUUCUAUUUGUCCCAUUCACCCUCAAAUAUAAAUUGAGGAUGAGCACUUGUACUUUUCCACUUCCUUUAGCAGACUCAUCAGAAUUUUGUCUCAUCACUGCAUUUCAUUAUUUAGAAUCUCUCAUCUCACUAGGUUAAGUUUCCUUGUAGCUUUUCAAAGGUCACAGUAUCUUAUCUAGUCUUCCUUCCCAUUAAAAAAAAUCUUUUGAAAUCUGUUUUUCUUAAAUGUAGGCCAAAUGUCAAAACCAUGUCUCAUUUUAUUACAAACUUUAAUUGGUGAAAAUGAAAAAAUCUUCUUGGGCUGUGGUAUCAGAUUCAGAAACACAGUUUACCACCAAUUUGUAUGUAAAGAUUGCUGUGGGCUAUGUAUUUAACUUAGUUUUCAAAUGUAGUGUUAUAUUUUUAUUUUUUGGAUGAUUUCCCAAUUACAUUUUAAUUUGGUUCAGGACACAUGUUUGACACUUGUUCUAAAUGAGUGACCACUCCCAAGUAAUGUUCUUCAUUCUUUAUGAGAAUCUAAUCCAGAAUAAAUUUUAUCAUGAAAGAAAUUAUCAGCAAGGUAAGCUAAGGAAUUAAUAGUUCUUUUCAAAUGCAGAGGGAGCUCCAGUUAAAUGUUUAAAUAACUGGAUAAUGAUUGUUAUUUUUAUUGUGCCUUGAUAGCUUUUGUCACUUGUUUCUUUAAAUCCUAAUUGUCCUAAUAAUUUAGUGUAUAAUAAAAAUUGCUUUUCUUUUUGUCAUUAUA